AUGGUGACCAAAAAGAAAUACACACAAUCAUCCUGCAAAACAUCAGAGAAAUUGGAAGAAUUAAAAGCUUGGUUAGCUCCUGAUCCAACAGGUGACCCACUGAAUGCUUAUUGUCAUUAUUAUAAAAUAUCUUUAACUGCACACAAAAAAGGUUUGCUUGCACAUGCCAAAACAAGAAAUCACAGAGAAAAAACUGCAUUAGAAAAAAAUGCCAAAUCAAGUAAAAAAUUGCCAUUCGAGCCAGUAAUAAGAACAGAAACAAAAAUUGCAGAAUUAAAAUUGAGCGCCUUCGUUGCUGAGCAUAGCAGUAUUAACACUGUAAAUCAUCUGACAGAACUACUACCUAAAAUUGAUGAGAAAUCUAAAAUUUUUGGAGAAUUGAAACUUCACCGCACUAAAUGUUCGAUGCUGUUAAAAAACGUUUUUGGAGCAUCAGUCAUAGAGGAACUGAUUCAGGACAUGGAUAACAGUCCGUUUUCUGUAAUAAUAUAUAAAUCAACUGACAUUUCUACAACCAAGAUUUUGUGCAUCAUGUUGGAAAAUUGUGAUGUAGAUUCCAUCUAUAAUUCAUUUAGAAAUCAGUUGUUGCAAGAUGGCUUAAAUCUACAUAACCUAAUUGGAAUAGGAGUUGACAAUGCUAGUGUCAUAAUUGAAAUACAUCGGUCAUUUUCUACAUUGUUGAGAGAUGAUGUUCCAAGCUUGGUUGUAGUAAGAUGUGUUUGUCAUUCACUUCAUCUAUGUGCAGAAAAAGCAUGUCAAACCCUACCAAGACAGUUGGAAUAUCUUGUCCGAGAGGCUCACAAUUAG